UGCAGCUUUGGCGUCUCUGUCUAGCUCCCUCUCUGAAUCCCCCCCCCCCAACUUUUCCUUCCUCACUAGAAUUUAGCUUCGCCUUCAAUCUGCUACAUGGUUGUGGUGGUGGCGGCGGCAACCAGGCGAUUCGAGUCAUUGCUGUUGGGUGAAGCUGUUGUUGUUGUCGCCAGGGUCGUCCGCCGAUCCCACGUUGCUUCACUUCGGUCUCAUGCGGUCUCGUCGGUGAAUGGAGGAAUGGAUUCCUAUGGUGCGAUGCUGCGUAUUCUCGAGAGUUAGUGGGUGCCAGGAUGGUAGAAGUGUCGGUGGGGUGUGUCAUAGCUGGGCAGAUUGCGUGGCGCCUUAAUUGAUUGUGUGGUGGAGUUUGGGUUGUGAGGAUGGAGAUCAUAUACUUGGCAACCUCGGCGGGGAUCAACUUAGGGUUAGCCAUCCUGUUCUUUACCCUGUAUUCUGUGUUUCGGAAACAACAUGCGAAUGCUGGGGUGUACUUUACUCGCCACCUGCUGCGCGAGCGACAGCGGAUGAAACUUACUGGCGAAGAGAAGGAGACUUUUAGCCUGGAGAACUUGGUCCCAUCGGCAACCUGGGUGAAGCGUGCUUUGGAUCCUUCCGAAGAAGACAUUCUUAAAUCAUCUGGUGUCGAUGCAGUAGUCUUCCUGAGGGUCUUCAUCUUUUGCAUGCGCUUUUUCAUGAUCUGCACGAUUGUUGCAUUCGGGGCAUUGGCGCCUCUAAAUUACACGGACACUUACCUCGCUGAUAACCCGGAUGAAAAAAAGGAGCAUGCGUAUGGGACUCUGGAGAAACUUACCAUCCUCAACAUCUCUUAUGGCUCAAUGCGGUUGUGGGUUCAUUUUGCGGUUCUGUACAUUAUCUCCUUCAGUGCAUACGCGUUGUUGUACAUUGAGUUCAAGCACAUCUCAAAGUUGCGUUUAGAAUACCUUGACACCGUACUGCCCCAGCCCGAUCAGUUCACUGUGCUCGUUCAGUCUAUUCCGCAGCCUGAAAAUGAAGAACUAAGUUAUAGUGACAAUGUGGACGACUUCUUCCGUCGCUUUCACCCAAUUGAAUACUUGUCACAUCACAUGGUUUACAAAUCUGGCCAUGUCACAAGCCUGCUGAACGAGCUGGAGAAACUGAAGUUAAAGAUUUUCGAGCUGAAGCAAAAGCCACCGACCGAAAGAAAGCCUCGCCGAGCAGGUCUUUUGGGACUUUAUGGGCCACUUGUAGAUCCUGUUGAACUUCACAUGCAAAAGUUGGAGGACGUGCAUCAUCAGAUUCGGCAAUGCCAGAUGGAGUUUCGACAGAAAAAGAAGGAGAUUCCAAAUGCUUUCGUAACAGUGCGUUCACGUUGGGGGGCAACUGUGACAGCGCAGACACAGCAAUCAACUAACCCAAUGCAUUGGGUCACACAGUGGGCACCCGAACCACGAGACAUCGACUGGCCCAACAUGGAAAUACCUUAUGAUCAGCUCUUUUAUCGUAGGAUUGUAUCGACGGUACUGGCAUUAGCACUUACUGCAAUCUAUUACCCAAUCGUGGCUGCAAUACAGCUUCUGGAUAAUCUGGAUAACGUGAAGAAAUAUUUGCCAAAUGUCAUAGUAGCGAACGUCCUGGAAAUUCCUGCGAUAAGCUCCUUGGUUCAGGGUUACCUGCCGGCGCUUCUGCUCGCACUGCUCUUGUAUAUGGUGCCUAGUAUCUUUUUCUUCCUUUCUCGGAUUGAAGGACACCCCUCUGUAAGCCAUCAGGAGCGAAAGGCGUCCUCGAAGAUGUUCAGUCUGUUGGCAGGAAACAUCUUCCUUGCUUCAGUCCUGAGUGGGUCCCUUCUCACUAUCAGUGAAACUUUCACAGAAGAUCCUAAGGGUAUCCCAAGGCGCCUCGCUGAAGCCAUCCCUACACGAGCGAGCUUUUUCAUCACGUACAUCAUGACGACAGGAUGGGCUGGCAUGCCACUUGAAAUCCUGCAAUCGGGCGUUCUAGUAUUGAACUUUGUGAAGCGGAACACGGUGGAAAAGAAUAAGCCACUGCUGGACCAAGUCCUUUCAUUGCCAUACUACCGCACUCUACCUUUGGUGCUCUUCUUCGUGUUGUUGGGUCUGGUGUAUUCGAUUGUUAGCCCUCUCAUCCUUCCGUUCCUACUCAUUUACUUCACUUUGGGCUACAUCGUCUACCGCAAUCAGGUUUUGAAUGUCUACGAACCGGCUUACGAGACUGGUGGUCAAUACUGGCCUGAGAUUCAUAGCCGAACCAUAGGAUGCAUUGUCUUCAUGCAAAUUGUGUUCAUUGGGAUGUUCUCGUUGAAGGGACUGAAAUCUGCUUCAAUUGCGUGCAUACCGCUCCCGUUUCUGACUUGGCUAUUCCACGAGCACUGCCGCCAGCGAUUUCUCCCCAUCUUCAAAAAUUUCAAUCUGGAGAGUACAAUGAAGAAGGACUCGAUUGACGACGAAUCUGGGCGAAAAGAUGAGAUUCUGAACUCCAUCCGAGACGCAUACAUGCACCCAGCACUGUGUCACGUAGACUUGAACGUGGACCAAAACUCCAAGACACAGCGAUUGCUUCCUGAGUCUUCAGCUUUUGUUGAACCAGACAUACCUGUGUAGAUUUUACUGAACACGAAUGUAUCUUUGUAACUGAAACCCUUUUAUUUGUGUGGUACUAUACUUCAUCGAUGGUACGUCCUCUUAUUUUACUUCUCUACAGUGAGUGGUUGAUAUCGUGAAGCUCAUUUUUCCCACAUGUUAUAGAUUUUCAUGAUAACUCAAAAAUGGAAGCAAAAAUGUUCGAGAAGAACAUAGAUAGAAGAAGAAGAAGAAGAAAAGAAGAAGAUUAGGUGUUGAGUGUAAUUUUAUAUCAGGUGUAGAUUGUAACGUGCUCGUCCCAUGACCUUUGUAAAGUUUCUCCUUCUCAGGCUUAAUUGAAGUGUAAACUAUUUAUGCAA